UGUUAUUCUUCUUCUUCUUCUUCGUCUUGACUCUUGACCCUAAAACCCUGCUCUGCUCUCUGAUCAUAAUCGUCUCUUACUUUACAAAGAAACAACUACAAUACAACUAAUCAAAUUUUUAUGGCUGAAAAUGGCGUGGAAGAAAACAGUCUUCGUCCCGCGGAGAAGAAAAGGCUAAAAACGACAUCAUCAUCAUCAUCUGCUGAGGAUGAUGAGGACAGAAUUUCGAAACUACCUGAUGCACUCAUUCUACACAUCCUCUCGUUUCUUCCCACCGUGGAUGCCGUUUCCACAAGCCUUCUUUCAAAUCGUUGGAAACGCAUGUGGUAUUUAGUCCCCAACCUAUCUUUCUUUAUUAUUGCUUCUAGUUAUAAAUCUUCACAGGACCGAGAAAAGUUGUGCAAUUAUGUAGACAGUUGUUUGGAACACCGAAAGAAAGCUAUGUUUUAUAAUUGCAAUUCAGUCUUAACUAGUUUUAAGCUUCAAAUGGAUUGCUAUGAAAGAACCAAGAAUCAUUAUCUAGAUAAAUGGUUAGCUUUUGCGGUUGAGAAAAAAGUUACUGAAGUAAAUCUUUGCUUGAGCGAAGAGGUAGGCGGAGAUGAAGACGGUUCCAUUUAUUACUUCUACUGCAUACCUGAAACAUUACUCGUAAAAGCAAUAUAUUUGACUAUUUUGGAGUUGAAUACAGUGUUGUUGGAUUCUGAUUACUCAUAUAGUUUUCCAUCAUUAAAAUCCCUGUCAUUGACUAAUGUUGACUUUUUAGAUACAUCUGUGGUAGAUAAGCUCUUGUUGGGUUCCCCUUCCCUUGAAAAAUUGUCGUUGACUGAUUUUGAUAUUUAUACUAAUGACCGUCGUCCAUAUCAGCUUGACAUACGUAGUUCAAGCCUUAAGUUCUUGGUAAUUAGGUUCUUUAUGAUUGAAUCACUGUGUACAGUGAGGCAAAUUGAAGUCAUAAAUCUUGAGUCAUUGGAACUAGUUGGUGUUCCCUUUGACAAUUUAAAUCUCUCUGUAUGCAAGGCAAUUAAAAAUCUCUCAUUAAUUUGUGAUUGGAAUAUUGAAGAGCCUUCAUCGUUAGAAUAUCUCAUUUCGAGCCUUCCUCUCCUUGAGAAUUUGACUUUGGGCAACUGGGAAAAGAAGAACUUGGACCACAUUAAAAUCUCGAGUCAACACUUGAAAAGUUUUAAUGUGAAUAAUUAUGCUGAUGCAAUGACUGUUAUUAUUGAAUGGGCUCCACAAUUAGCAUCAUUUUAUUAUACAGGUGAUCUCCUUUUUCGUAUAUCAAUGGUGUCAUCAAAUUCUUUGAAUGGAACAUUCGAAAUUGCGAAGUAUGAGGACUACGAUGGAGAUUGGUUUAUCAACAUGAUGAAUUUUCUUAUGAGUCUCAAUUGUUCUUGGAAUAUGGUAACACUACACGUUGACAGAGCCAAGGCUCUCAUCUUUCCAAAAAACUUGAAGAGGAUGUUUGAAAACUGGCAGUGUACGUGUCGUUUUCCUAUGGUUAAUUGGGAGCAUCUUAGAGUAUUUACUGAAUGUAAAGGAGAGGAAGAAUCAGAAUUGAGAGAUGCUUUGAUGUGGAUUUUUCCUUCUUUGAAGACAUUAUCUAUAGGAGAAAGGAGAUCUUGUUAAAACCUUGCCACAGGCGACCUAUAAGUAUGUUUCAACUAUGUAUGACUAAAUUGUGUUUGUUUACUUGCUACCUUAGUUAUCUUGAGAUUGUAUAUACUUUAUGGUUAGUUUAAGAAUAUGACUUUGCAUGCCAACUUUGCUUAAAAA